AAAUAUACACACACCCUCUUUUUGACCCUUCUUUUCUCUCCUCUGUUUCCUCUUCUUCACGGCAAACUAGAAGCAAAGAAACGAUAAGUACGAAAAAACCCACAAAAAAGAGUGGAGGGUCUUUGGAAAAAUAGAGAAGUAUAGUGAGAAUCAAAGAAAAAAAAAGAGGUGAUUAUGGAUGAUGGAAUGUUGGAGAUUGGUAUCAUCAUGGCUCAUGGACGUCCUUCUUCCUCUAAAUUCCUUGAUGCUUGUCCCAAAAGGGUUUUGAUGGAGGGGAGAUCUUGUGGGGAUUGAUAUGAGGUUGUACUUUUGUUGAAUUCUUUGUUUUUGGCGAUAUGGAAAUCUUCAACCCUCCAGCAGCAACACCCACCUCCAAGCAGAUGCGCUGAAAUGGGAGAUUCACUCCUCCUCACGGCCCUGUCAAUGGAGAAUCACCAUCCGUCUACUCUUUUAUCAAUGGAUUCUAGUGCUUCCUCUCAUGAUGAACUGGACUUGGAAAUGAAUCGGCAGAUCGUUCUUUCCCGGCCACCUGAUAUCAAUCUCCCCCUGUCUGCUGAGCGAAGCCCGACACCACAGCAUUGGAACUCGGACCAGUGUGAUAUUUUAGAUGUUGGCCUUAGUUCUCAAGCAUACGAGACUGAGACUUACCUCAACGUCGUCUCUAAGGCUGGAAGGAAAUGUGCCAAACGGGUAGAUAGCAUCUGGGGUGCUUGGUUUUUCUUUAGUUUCUACUUUAAGCCUGUUCUGAAUGAAAAAUCGAAGGCUAAAAUUGUCCGGGACAGCAAUGGAGUUUCUGGAUUUGAUAAAUCUGAUCUCAAGCUCGAUGUUUUUAUGGUGCAGCAUGACAUGGAGAACAUGUAUAUGUGGGUUUUCAAGGAGAGACCUGAAAGUGCUUUGGGCAAGAUGCAGCUAAGGAGUUACAUGAAUGGGCAUUCUCGCCAGGGGGAGCGACCCUUUCCAUUUAGUGUUGAUAAGGGAUUUGUCCGAUCACACAGGAUGCAGCGGAAGCAUUAUAGAGGACUGUCAAACCCCCAAUGUGUUCAUGGUAUUGAGGUAGUUUCAUCACCCAAUCUCAAGGGUCUUGAUGAGGAAGAUCGGAAAAGAUGGGUGGAGCUCACAGGGAGGGAUUUGAAUUUUACAAUUCCACGUGAAGCUAGUGAUUAUGGUUCAUGGAGAAAUCUUCCUAACACAGAUUUUGAGCUCGAGAGGCCUCCUCUUUUAAAGAGCAUAUCAAAUUCCCAUUCCAAAAAAUUGCUCAAUGGAUCUGGACUCAAUCUGUCUACUACACCAUCCAACCAUGCCAAUGGUGAUGCAAUGGACCUAUCACCUGUUAGCAGCAAAAGGAAGAAAGACUUCUUCCCACAUGGGAAUGAUGAUGAGUGCUAUUUGGCUGUUAAUCCUCCUUCUGACCGAAUCACAGACAUUGAAAUUCAUCCUCAUGAGCCACAUUGGUUGAAUAAUUUUAGUGGGGUCAUGAAAAAUGUCUAUGGACCUGUUACAGCUGCUAAAACUAUAUAUGAGGAUGAACAGGGUUAUUUGAUCAUUAUCAGCUUGCCCUUUGUGGAUCUUCAAAGAGUCAAGGUCUCUUGGAGGAAUACUCUAACUCAUGGUAUCAUAAAGGUAUCUUGUGUGAGCACAUCUCGCAUGCCAUUCAUCAAGAGACAUGACAGGACUUUCAAGCUUACUGAUCCUGCUUCUGAGCAUUGCCCUCCAGGGGAGUUUGUUAGAGAAAUUCCUCUUUCAACUCGAAUUCCUGAAGAUGCUAACAUUGAAGCAUAUUAUGAUGGGCCAGGAUCUAUGCUUGAGAUAAUGGUGCCGAAACUUCGUGUGGGGGCAGAACGCGAGGUUCGUGUUUGCCUUCGCCCUAAUCUUGGAGGAAGUGAUCUCAUGUUGACUUGAAAUAUCCUUUACUCAAAAUAUGUAAGGUAGCUGCUAAUUUGCUAUUAUUGGAGCUUCAUUGUUUUACUGUAUGUACCAUAGUGUUGUUAUCUAUGCAACAAAAUAUAAGCUCUCAGGUUGUGUUUUGCAAAUUUUUUGCCUCACUAAUUGCUAUGGUUUUUGAUCCCAUCACUUUGGUCAACAUUUAAUGUAAUCACAAAUGCAUUAUAACCGUACUCUGAUUAGUCAUUUACAGAAAUAUAGUUUGGACUUUGGA